AAACAUCUCAACUAAAAUUGGUAGAAAAAGCUGGCGAAUAUUUAGAAAUUUAGAUGCAGCUUUUCGUAUAUAAAUAUAUGAUCGUCUUGUGCGCAUAAUCACAAUAUAUAUCCCUUCCCUUCACUUCUAAAGAAGCCUUCUUCCCGCCAAGAGCCAUAUUUAUAAUUAAGGAAUACAUGCAAAGAUCCGUCCCCAGUAAUUGCUGUUGAGAGCUGCCAAACUCUUCACACCUUUUCUUCCCAAUAGAAGAUCACCAUCAUCAUCUUUUCAGCCGCCACUUCAAAAAGCGACCUUUUGGAGGUUUCAUCAUUUCCUUCCUUGGUCUUCCAAAAGCUACUUGGAUUGCAGUUUCAAUUUAAUUUCUGAAAAGGAACAUGUCAUCCACAACAAGUUUGGAGUCUAUGAAGGAGCAGAUGGUUCCUGAAAAUGAAGUUGAGCAGGUUCGAUUGCUCAAUGGAGUUGAGGAUUCAUAUGAAGGAAUUAUUGUAGAAAUAAAAGAACACAUGGACUCUCGCAAUUUUGUUCCUAUACUUAGAGCUUCCAUCUCACAAUGGAAGCAGCAGGGAAAGAAAGGUGUUUGGAUCAAAUUGCCAAUUGAAUUUUCUAAUCUAGUCAAUCCUGUGGUUCAGGAAGGAUUUAGGUACCAUCAUGCUGAACCAGAAUACUUGAUGUUGGUGCGUUGGCUACCAAAUUCUCCUGAUACUCUUCCAGCAAAUGCUUCACAUCGAGUGGGAAUUGGAGCAUUCAUAGUGAAUAACAAAAGAGAGGUGCUUGUAAUUCAAGAAAAUAGUGGUGGAUUUAAAGGUACAGGGGUAUGGAAGUUACCUACUGGGGUAGUCAAUGAGGGUGAGGAUAUUUGUGAAGCUGCAAUUCGGGAGGUUAAAGAAGAAACUGGAAUUGAGGCAGAAUUUAUCGAAAUUUUAGCAUUCAGACAAAGCCAUCAUGCAUUCUUUGGCAAAUCAGAUUUAUUUUUUGUUUGCAUGCUACAACCACACUCCUUUAACAUCCGUAAGCAAGAUUCAGAGGUUGAGGCAGCCCAGUGGAUGCCAAUUGAGGACUAUUUGAAUCAACCAUAUAACAAAGAACAUCAGCUCUUUCAAUAUGUUGCAGAAAUAUGCAAAACUAAGUCCGAGGGAGAUUAUGUUGGAUUUCCUGCAAUUCCCAUAGCCACGGCUUCUAAUAAAAAGAUCUAUUUGUACUUCAACAACCGAGAUUUCAACAGACUCUAAGACUUUUAGACUGUGUUUGAUAUGAUGUAAUCAAAAUUGUAAUGUAAUCGUGAUUACAUUGCAUAUUUGAUUGCGUUGUUUGGUAACACUAAAAAAUUUGAUGUAAUAAAAUGACAAUUACAUAAUAUAAUAAUUAUACUUAAAGUAAUAUAAUGAUCAUUAUAUGUAAAAAUAUAUGUAAUUAUGAUUACUUAUUAUAAUUUUUUUUUUAUAUUUAUGUUUGGUAGAGUAUAAUGUAAUGCAAUCAAAGUUGUAAUAUAAUUGUCAUUACAUUUCU